AUGAAGCUGCUGCUAGUUUUGGCUCCGUUACUCAUUGGUUGCUCUGGGGUAUCUUUACCUCAGCCUGGUCGGGUUGUAAACUGUGAUGAUGCAGAAGUACAUGAAGCAGCUAUUGCAGCCGUUCAGCACGUAAAUGACCAUCACAAGCAUGGAUAUAAGUAUGCCUUGAACCGGGUUGAGAAUGUCAAUGUGCACUCUUUGGCAUCUGGAGAAAUUUAUAUUUUGGAGUUAGAUCUCUUGGAGACAAAAUGCCCAUCUCUGAGUCCAACGCCCUUAGAGCUCUGUGCCGUGAGGCCAGUAAUCGAACAGGCAGUGGAAGCUGACUGUGAUUUCAAAAUCCAGAAACAAAGUGGAAUCUUUACAGUUGUAGGUGCCCAGUGCAAAUCUGAACUAGAUUCCGCAGAAAAUAUUCGCAGAAUUUGUCCUAACUGCCCAUUCCUGGCGCCUAUGAAUGAUACCCAGGUUGUCCAUGCAGCUGAUGUGUCCCUUCACAAAUUCAAUGGUGGGAACAGCACAGCAUUUUACUUACUCCAUGAGAUUGGCCGAGGAAGUAUUCAGUCUGGCAUAAGCAAUUCCGUACACAUUGAGUUUGUUAUUGCAGCAAGUAACUGUACUAAGGAUGAUGCCAAUUCUGGACUUUUUGCAUGCGUGGAGGAAACUGGAGAUAGUGCUCAUUAUGGAGCUUGCUCUGGAUCAGUUGUGAAAAAUCAGGGAGCAAUAGAUGAAGAUGUUGUGGUGCAAUGCACAGUUUAUGAACCUCAGCCUAGAAAGGUGGCACAAGCAGGAGCACCGCAAAUCCCAUUGGCAUCUCCACAGACUAAUGGUUUUCAGUCACGUUUCCACCAUAACCUCCGUUUUUCCAACCUGGGUCCCCAUUCGUCUGAGUCCAACUCUGCUGAACAUCAUCUCCUGGCUGCUCAUACAAAGCAAAUUGUUAAGCGGUCACUUACUGGAGAACCUGUACCACCCAAUGUACCAACUCUCCCCUUGUGUCCUGGAAGGAAAAUACACUUUUAA